AUGUCAUUUAGAAAUUUGUAUAAGCGUACAAAUGACAAAAGUAAAGACUUAUUUUUAGGAAAUAUUGGUAAAUCAUGUGGUAAAUUAUCUGAGAAUUUGAUUAUAUCUGAAUUAAUUAAGUAUGGAGAUGUAGAGAACUUUGAAUACGGUGAAGGAUCUCAUUCUUUUGUAUCAUUUAAAAAUAUCGAAGAUGCAAUAAAAUUAUAUGAGAAAUAUUCUUCUAGUAAUUCUGAAUUAUUUUUAGGUAGGAGAAUUAAGGUUUCAUUUUCAUUAAUAUGUAAAUCUAAAAUUAUAGACUCAAAGCAAUGGAGUAUUUGUUCUAGUAUAAAUACUUUACAUAGUUUUGGAUUAAAUAUUUAUAAUAAUAUAUUAGAUGAUGGAGAAGGCGAAAAACUUCUUGAUUGGAUUGAUAAAUAUGGUAUUUGGGAAGAAGGCUUAAGUAGAAGGGUCCAACAUUAUGGAUUUGGUUUUGAUUAUAAAAAUAAAAUUAUUUCACCUAAAUGGGUAAGAGAUAUUCCUAUAAAGAUAGAAAUGAUAAUAAAUCGUUUAUUACUUCACAAUAUAGUAACUUCAAGACCAGAUCAGAUAACAAUUAAUGAGUAUAUUGCUGGACAAGGUAUUGGGCCACAUAUAGAUUCUCAUCAUACUAUUGGUAACUAUAUUGCUGUUGUAUCAUUAGGAAGUGGAGUUGGGAUGGACUUUUAUGAAUUACAGUUAUCUGACAGUAAAUCAUUUAAAAAGCAAAAGAAACAUUCAAUAUAUAUUCCUAAAAAUAGUGUUUAUACAAUGUCUUCUAAUAUUCGAUAUUGUUGGCAACAUGGUAUUAAGAAGAGAUAUACAGAUAAUAUUGAUGGAAAUAUUAUUAAAAGACACAGAAGAGUCUCUUUAACAUUCAGGAGAUAUAUAAAAGGAGAUUUGGAGAAGUGUAGUUGUAAUUAUCAUGAUUUUUGUGAUAGUAGAUUUCCCCUACUUCGUCAAUUACCUGAUAGGUUAAUAUAA